AUGGCUAUUCCUGCUGAUAAUCGAGAAUUUUACAACAUAAUAAAUGAUGACAAUUUGCUAUCUGAAUUCGUUCGCGACCAAAAUUUGGCUCAGAAAAGUGAAGAUCAUACAUGUCAUUGUGGUUCCUCGAAGAAACUGAAAGAUGGUACUGUGAAGGUCUAUCCAACUAUGCGAUGUACUAAUCGACGAUGUCGAAAUCAAUUAAGUGUUCGCAAAAACACAUUUUCCUCAUUUAUUGAUGCAUUAGACCGACCAAAUUCAAAACUUGAUAUGCGUACAAUUCUGGAAUUAAUAUGGCUUUGGUGCCUAGGAACUUCAUCAUCAACCAUUUCCACCUUGGUACAUGUUACACAAACGACUGUGGUUGAUUAG